UACAAGGUGUGGGUGAAGCCCGGCUCGGAGCAGUCCUUCCUCUACGGCAACCACGUCCUGAAGUCGGGCCUGGGCCGCAUCACGGAGAACACGGCGCAGUACCAGGGCGUGGUGGUGUACUCCAUGGCCGACGUCCCCCUGGGUUUUGGAGUGGCCGCCAAGUCCACCCAGGAGUGCCGGAAAGUGGACCCCAUGGCCAUCGUGGUGUUCCACCAGGCCGACGUUGGGGAGUACGUGCGGAACGAGGACACGCUGACCUAA